UGCUCCUUUUCUAAUUGCGAGUGAACAGAGGCUGCCGGAAGUCUCGGUAAAAACGCGGCGAACAGACUGGAAAACGCGAGAGCCUGUGGAACGGUACUAUUGUCGAUGAGCGCGGAGAACGUUUCUGUUCCCGUGACUCUGACUCAACGAUGAAUCGCGCGCCGAAACGGUCCGUGGCAGUGGGAGAAGAGGUUUCCAGUGAAACAAGAAGAUAAUCGCGUCUAGAUAGGAGCCGCUGGGACAUGCCAGUGAAGCGGGACCCGUUCGGAUAGACGAUCUCGAAGAAGAAUGCAGUUGGCAGCGACGCAGAGGCCUCACCCACCGCCCGUGCCGCCGCGACCCAGCCGGCAGGUGGUCGCAGAGGCCCUUAAAAGAUCCCCAAGGCCGCCCUGUCCGACUAGACAGGCCCCACCGCCGCCCAACACCAAACCCUGGCGAUCCGAUCAGGAGCAACCGGCGGGUCAGCAACAGGUGUGCGCGGCCAACGCCGGCCGAACGGUCGUUUACGAGUCGACGACCAAGGAAUCGAUCCCCAAAGAGACCGGCAGCGAGACUACCGAGGCUCGGGUCACUGACAAGGAUCGAGUCGCGAGGAACGCGAGUGAAAGGAGCGAGAGGGAGGAGGAGGAGGACCGUCUCCGGCGGAGUCCGCAGGAGAAAUAUCGUCCGCAUCCUGAGCCACAGCAUCCCGAAACCAACGAGCCGGUCGAUCCUCGGCAGAAUCAAGUUCGAGGUCGCGACCAGGUUCAAACAGAGACCAAGGAUCACAGAUCCGAUUCAGCCUGUCCUGCGGAUCGCAAACGUCUCGACAACGACAGACUAGAGUCCUUCAAACCCCCGGUGCAACCGAAGUGCAACGCGUCCGUUCGCGACGAGGGCCGCGGAUCGUCUAGCUCCGAUAGAUCGAAAUCCCAUACCGAGAAGAGUGGGGCCGAAGCCGAAGCCCGGCCGACUCCCACUCGCAGGUCGUGUUUAGCGAAAAAUCGGGACGCUGCCGUGAGGAAACCCGCGGCGAACGCGAUUUCCUCCGAAGAGGUUUCGAGCGUGAAUGAAAACAUCGAGCCCGCCUCGAACGUUGACCGUGCCACGAUAGUCGUUAUCGACGAACCAGAGCGUAAAGCUGCGUCCGACGCCGAUGACGUGGACGAGCAGAAUGGAACCGCGAACGAGAACGAGAACGACAACAUUCAUCGGCAAGAUUGGCUCGACGCCGGUGUCCAGUACUCGUCCACGCAAAUCACCCUGUCCGGCGAAGACGGUGACCGAGUCAACGGGCUCGAUCGAUGCGAGAACGAGAAAAUCGGCGACCUUAAUUUCCUGAGCCUACAAGAGAGGAUCGCGAUGUCUUCCCUGCAAGGUCUACCACCGCUGCCGAGGAGUCUGAGCGGCUUCAACCUGAGUGCUGGCGGAAGAGGCGAGGGUUGCGAACCUCCGCCCCCGCCCACUAGGUCGUCGAGCAAGACUCAGAGAGGCGGCAAAGUCGCUAUUCAAUCGUCGUCCAGGCCAUCGCCACCUGCCAGACAGCUGACCACUCUGGACACUCAGCUGGCUAUACUGAGAAGAGAAAUGUUUGGACUCCGGCAGCUGGAUCUGUCCUUACUCUCCCAGUUGUGGUCUUUAAACGAGUCUAUCCAGGAAUUCCGGCAGCUUCUGCAGGAACAAGAAGACAGAGCACCGUCGCCCUCGCCUAGCAGUGAAGAAGGGGACGACACCUCCUAUGGGACCCAUCCUCCACCACCUCCGAGAAGAGCAGCGCCUGUUGCUCAUCAUCACAGACCUCCCAGACCACCUAGACCAGCUAGGCCACCUCCCAGCGACGAAUCACCGUCCAGUGAAGAAUACGGAGCUGUAUGAACCCUCGAGGACCCUCGAGUACCAUCUCGAGCUGUUGAACACAGAAACGUUCUUAUAUCGGAUAUAUCCCAGUUUCAACGAAUGCUGAAAUGAUCACGCGACUUGUCUAACGUUUAGGUGAAUUUGGACAAUUAGGGUAAAUCGUUUGGUCCGUUAACGAGUCGGAACGAUGCGAUGAAGCGCGUCGAAUGUAAUUAGUACGAGGAGCUUAUUGCUGUUCGAAGGUACCUGCGAAAACCAAUUCCACGGCAGAGCCACCGCAAUCCUUAAUCUCUUAGGUGCGUUAGAGACAUUCACGUUGGGUUGGACACUGAACCACGUAGUAUAGAGGACGUUCGUUGAACCAAAAAGCUAACCAUGUCGAUCCAAAAAAUGAUACAACGACUCUCUGUGCAUAAUUCUGUGUGCGGGUGGAAAGCGAGCGGUUGCGCAGAAAGAUCUCGAAAGUAAAAGGAGAAGCACGUGUGCGAGCAUUAAAGAAAUAAUUUUUUCAGUCGA